UUUCUUUGGAUGGAAUGGGGCUAGCCAGAAACUAGUAGCACUGAGCUUUGAAAUUGAAUUUGAAGUUAACCGAAAAGAUAUCUUCAGCAGACAGCGGAGUGAAAUGAAACGCGAUGUCCGGAUACUCAUGUUGGGGGAGCCCAAAGUGGGAAAGACCUCUCUCAUCAUGUCUCUGGUUGGAGAGGAGUUUCCUGAGAAGGUUCCUCUCCGAGCGGAAGAGAUCACCAUACCAGCCGACGUCACACCUGAGAAAGUGCCCACACAUAUAGUCGACUAUUCAGAAAGUGAACAGUCUGAUGAAGUGUUGAGGGAGGAGAUCGUAAAGGCCAAUGUUGUGUGUGUGGUUUAUGAUGUCACACAAGAGGAAACCAUUGACAAGAUCAGGACUAAGUGGAUUCCGCUGGUGAACGGUGGGGCUGAGAAAGGAAACAAGAUUCCCAUCAUCCUCGUGGGCAACAAGUCCGACCUGCGCUCCGGCAGCUCCAUGGAAACCAUCCUGCCAAUCAUGAACCAGUUUUCAGAGAUUGAGACCUGUGUGGAGUGCUCAGCUAAGAAUCUGAAGAAUAUUUCGGAGCUCUUUUAUUACGCCCAGAAGGCCGUUCUGCACCCGACUGCUCCGCUCUACGACCCUGAAGACUAUAGAUUUCUGAAUGUGUGUUGUGUGCAGCUGAAGCCGCAGUGUGUUCGAGCUCUGAGUCGGAUCUUCAGUAUCUCUGAUCAGGAUAAUGAUCACAUCCUCAGUGACGCUGAACUCAACUGCUUUCAGAAAUUGUGUUUCGGGAACCCACUGGCUCCUCAGGCUCUAGAGGACGUGAAGACAGUCGUGUGGAAGAACACAAGUGAUGGAGUCCAGGACAAUGGACUCACACUCAACGGUUUCCUGUUCUUGAACACUCUCUUUAUCCAGAGAGGACGUCAUGAAACCACCUGGACCAUCCUGCGUAAAUUCGGCUACGAUGACACGCUGGAGUUGACCGAUGACUACCUCUACCCACCGUUACGAGUAUCGGUGGGUUGCACGACGGAGCUGAAUCAUCUGGGUCAUCAGUUCCUCCAGAAGCUGUUUGAUAAGUACGACGAGGAUAAGGAUUCAGCUCUCUCUCCCGCUGAGCUGAAGAAUCUGUUUAGUGUUUUACCCUACAUGCCCUGGGGCCCGGAGGUGUACAGUAACGUCCCCUUAUCAGACGACAUCUACAUCUCACAGCAUGGGUACUUCUGCCAGUGGAUGUUAUCCGCUUAUCUGGAUGUCCACCGGUGUUUGGAGCAUCUCGGUCACCUCGGGUAUCCCAUUCUAAUGGAGCAGGGGUCCCAGACCUCCGCCAUCACAGUAACAAGAGAAAAGGCAUUAGACCUGGAGAAGAAACAAACCCAGCGCACUGUGUUCCUCUGCAAAGUGAUCGGUCCACGCGGAACAGGAAAGACCGACUUCCUCCGAGCUUUUCUGCAGCGAAGCACUGAGAGAAACGAGCGCGACCCCGGUCCCCCCACAAUAUACGCCAUCAACACAGUCUCAAUAGCCAAUCAGGACAAGUACCUCAUCCUGGAGGAGGUGGACGUGGAAACAGAGUUUCUAAAAGCAGCAGAUGCAGCGUGUGAUGUGGCGUGUCUCAUGUAUGAUGUCAGCGACCCGGACUCCUUCAACUACUGCGCUAGUAUUUAUAAGCAGCACUACAUGGACAGUGGGAUCCCGUGUGUGGUUGUGGGCUCCAAAGCUGAUCUGAUAGAAGUCAAACAGCAUCAUGGGAUGAGCCCGUCUGAGUUUUGUUACAAACAUCGGCUGCCUUCACCUCUCAGUUUCUCCACGAUGCUCACACACACUCAUACACACAUUUACAGCAAGCUCACCUGGGCUGCCAUGUACCCGCACCUGAACGGAUCAGACAUGAGCAGCACGUCUUUCUGGCUGCGUGUGACUCUGGGCACCACAAUAGCUGCCAUGCUGGGCUUCGCUCUGUACAGAGCCUUCAGCCGACACAAAUGAUGCACACUCUCGCGUUCUCUCACAAUACACGCAGAUAAACACACACUCCCUCGUUUCCUGCGCUCUGUCUUGGCCUUAUUGAGUCACUGUGGCUUAACAAGGGUGUGAAGCUCUACUAGUUACAGUGACAACGACACAAUUAAGCAGAUGUUUGUUUGUUUCUUCUCAGCUGGACUAAAGUAUUGCACACACGCUUUGCUUUUAUUACAAAAAAUUCCCGAUCUUACUGUUUGACUGACCCUGAGAGACAUUUUUUUCAUCAUGCUUUGAGGGGAACAAUAUCAAGAAAUGAUUUAAAAGGUUACAUUUCGAAUUGUACAGAGUAUGUAAUGUAUUGAAUCAGUGUGGAUCAUAAAUAUAUUCCAUGUGAAUUGGUAUUCUGAUUCUGAAGCGUGUUCAAAGGCAUCUCAAUGUUGGGGGCGGUUAUUGAGUUUUACCUCAGCCAGUACAGGAAAUGCACUUAAAUGUAAUUUAUUAUUCCCCCUCUCAAAAUGUUUUAGAAACUAAUGAAAGUUCUGGGUUAAAUAGAAGUUAAAGGAAUAGUUCAUUAGCUGAAAAUUGACUCACACUCAGGCCAUCCCAAGAUGUAUAUUUGGCAAAAUGUAGCAUCACUUGUUCACCAAUGGAUGCUCUGCAGUGAAUGGGUGCCGUCAGAAUGAGAGUCCAAACAGCUGAUAAAAACAUCACAAUAAUCCACAAGUACUCCACACCACUCCAGUCCAUCAGUUAACAUCUGGUGAAACAAAAAGCUGCAUGUUUGUAAUAAAUCCAUCAUCUGGAAACCAAUAUUUCUAGCCAAAAUAUGAGUCCAUAAUCUAUUAUAACACUUCCUCCAGUGAAAAAGUGUCCUCUAUAAAAAUCCACACACACAUUUGAUUAGACCUGUUUUGGACUGUAAAUGGUGUUUUAAUCUGUUCAUGUUUCUCUCCUGAUUCAGACAAGAUGUGUUUUUCACGGGAGAAAGCAGUAUUAUGGAUAUUUUGUUCAGAAAGAAAGGUUUGAAAUGCAUGCAUUACUUGUGGAUUAUUGUGAUGUUUUUAUCAGCUGUUUGGACUCUCAUUCUGACGGCACCCAUUCACUGCAGAAUGAUGCAAUGCUACAUUUCUCCAAAUCUGUUCUGAUAAAGAACUGAGGAUAAGUACACUGUCAGCAAAUUUUUCAUUUGAGUGAACUGUUCCUUUAAAUUUUAGCUGAAUGCUACAGAUGUCAGCAGAAAGCAUUUAAGUGCAUCUUCUAAAUUAGCCGAAUUAAAGAAAAAUAAGCAUCAAUCCCCAUUUAUUUCCAUUUCAUAUUCCUCAGAUGGACAUUGAUAUGUAUGGACCAUGACUGACAAAUGCAUGUGUUACUUUUUUAAGACCGCCGAGGCAAAACCCAUUGAUGAUUUUGAGAAUAGUUAAACUGGACUGAAUCUUGCAAAAUCUUGCUUUUCUGUUCGCCUGUAUUGAUUGUAGGGAUGAAUGAUUUCUGAUUAUGUUUAAAAUUGCAGUAGGGACGGAUGGCGUUAAAAAGUGUAUUUUAAAUGAUAUUUUAGUAAGAUUAAUUGCUCUGAUGCUAUUUAGAGCCAUCCUGUAGUUACAAAACCAGAUAACCAGUGUGAAUACAGUUAUUUUAACCAUUAUAAUGGACUGAAAUGGUCAGGAUGGAUAGUAAAAGAUGACCUGGCUUGCUGUAUUUAUAAUAUUGUCCAAACUGGAUUUAUCUCGAAAGCAUUGUUACCAUGUUACCUUUUAUUUCAGCCUAAAAAAAUUCUCCUAGCAACCCAAAAGCCAUUUUCAGGGCUGAGGGUCUUUCCCGCUCAUUCACAUGAAUUAGCAUGUGAAGAUAUUCCUUCAAAAAGAAAGAAGCGACUGUGGCGGGCCCGGUUUAUUGGUUUAGUUUUCAUAAUUCCUAUAUUUUGUUCAGUAUUAAUGCCCAGUAUUAACUUGCCCUAAAAGUCCCCCAGGCCCGCGUCUCAUCAGCCUUGGUCUUCCAGUUUCAACCUCAAAUGAGAUGCUUGGAUUGUUCUAAUAGAAAUAUUUUGUAAUAAACUAGCUUUUUCUGCUGA